AUGGAAUUGCUGUCAGAUAACAUUAUCCUCCAUCAUAUACUUCCCUAUAUUGAUGCCAUUGUAUUGCCUGAAAUUAUUGACCUUCGUUUUGUAAACAAAAGGUUCAAUCGCUUAGUUGUUCUUUAUUAUAGAAUGCUAUUAAGCCAAGACUCUAUACUAACUUCAGAGAAGGCAUUUAAAGAAUCCAUGCAUGCGACUGUUGGCGAAUUCUUUUCAAAGGCAACUGAGGUAAACGAGGCUUUCCAAGAAGUUAUGAGGGAAGCCUAUGAGAAAAUCAAUAAAGUUUCAGUGGAAAUUAUGAAUGAUCAUAUAUUCCAGCAAAACCAAAAUAGAGUAGAUCCAGACCUUCUGAAAGUCUUAGACAUUUUGGCAUUUUGGUUUGAUAUAAAAUUAAUUGAAAGAAACGCUGGGGCUAAGAAAAGUAUCACUCAAAAGCAAAAGGAUAACAUUAGUAAGUACUCAGCUCUUAUAAGCGAGUACUGAUUUUUCAAAAACAAUUUCAGGAAAAUGAAAUGUUUGCGACUGCCUGAGUCUAAGAUUAAAAUGAUCAAGAAGAAAGCCAAAAAAAUAAAGCCUUCUUUAAUAGAGUCAUACGAAGCAGUCGAUGGAAUCGCCCAAUACUUUAAAGGGGUCAUCAACUACUACCCCCCUGAAACUCGACUUCCCCUCAUCUUCUUCAAAAGGUUCAAAGAUUUCGAAGAGCUCUCUAUCGAAGACAUUUCCAAUUGGGGCCAGUUUCUUCUCAGCCAUAUGAAGGUAAUAUUCUAA